UUUUUCUUGUAUUUUUGUUAGAGACGGGGUUUCACCAUGUUGGCCAGGCUGGUCUCGAACUCAUGACCUCAAAUAAUCCGCCCGUCUCGGCCUCCCAGAGUGCUGGGAUUACAGCAUGAGCCACCGCACCUAGCCAAGAGACCACCCAUUUUGUAGAAGGUGGAGAUGCUGGCAACAGGGAGGACCAGAUCAACAGGCUUAUUAGAAGAAUGAACUAAGAUGUCUACCAUGAUUAUUUUUCCAAGCUGGUUGGUUAAUAAACAGUACCUGCUCUCAAAUUGAAAAAAAAAAAAAAAAAAAAAGAGUAAGUCAAGAUCUAAUGUGCAACAUGAGGACUCCAGGAUCUUGGAGUGAAAAUAUACUGGAAUAUUUUCUGAGAAAUAGCCAGAUUACAGCAGAAGACGGCGCUGAGAUCACCUGGUAUCAUGCAGCUAACCACAAGGCACAGAUGAGUGAAGCACUGAAAAGUACUGCUCACAUGAUAGAGGCUGAUGUCCUUCUUCCAAGUGAUGGAUCAGAACACAGCCAGCCAAUUAUGGCCCAUCCCCCUGAAACAAGCAGUAAUAAUACUCUACAGGAGUGGCUGACUGAAGUUAUGAAAAGCAAUAAAGGCAUCAAGCUGGAUUUCAAAAGUCUGGCAGCUGUAGAACCAUCCAUGAUGCUCUUGGAAAAUGUGAAGAGGCAUCUGAAGCGUCCUGUAUGGAUUAAUGCUGAUAUUCUUCCUGGUCCAAAUGGAAAUAGCAAAGUAAUAGAUGCAAAACCAUUUUUAGACACUGUGACAUCCUUCUUUCCAGACGUGACAUUUUCCCUGGGUUGGACAACAGGAUGGCAUCCUGAGAAAGUCAAUGAAGGGUACAGUUGGACAAUGGUGAAAGAGAUGGAAUAUAUAUGUAAUGAACUAAGUCAGCCUGUAACGUUCCCUGUCAGAGCAGCAUUAGUCAGGCAGUCUUGUUCUCAGUUACUUUGGCUGUUAAAGAAAUCAAACAGGUACAGCCUGACUAUUUGGACUGGAAAAAAUGAUAACUAUUCCAUUGAAGAUUUACUUUACAUUAGAGACCAUUUUGACAAAAAACAAGUUUUCUAUGACAUCUUGGAACCACAAAACCAUGAAUUUAAACAAGCCAUUGGAAUCAAAGUUAAUCUCUAAGAAGAAGAUUCUCAAUUAUUUCCUGUGUUUUGGUUUCAUAAUCCUUCUCUCCAUUGGUCUGAAUUAAUUACCAUAUAAAUUAUGGUUAUUGAUUUAUGUUCCAAGUCAUCUAAUCAAGAAACAUUUAUAAGCACAAUGUGCUUACUCUGUGGGCAUAUGUCCUUAUAAUAGUGCACUUACAUAAAAGAUUUGGAAAGCAGAGAUUUAUUUCCACACGUGGCCUAGUCUAAUAAUAAUUCAGGAAAAUGAUACUCUGCACCCCUUCAUAAAAAUAGUUUUGAUAAACUAAAGAUGAUUGGCAGAAUCCAUAUGUCAUAAAACAGGUAUAAAUCACAUGUGCUUGGCACUUGCAUUACAGAGAUUAUGAAAAAUAUGGUACUCUCUUUUCCUUUUUCCUAGAAAACUGGUUAUUUCAGAGAUAAUAAAAAAGGAAGAGGGCUUUUAAAAUGUUUUUAAUUUUCACAGGGGUCAGCAGCUGUCUCAUAUCAAGAUCUAUUAAUCCAUUUCCUGAAACUAUAGAUUAAAUUAGAUAAAUCUAGAAUUUCCAUGUGAUUUGGAAGCAUGCUAGUGGCUAAGUAUUUUUUUUAUAUUUCUUAUUUCUAUAGUAUCUGAUUUAUAGUGAACAAUAUGCUGUUGGAGAGCAGUUUUAGUCUUUGUUAUGUAUCAUUUGUUUUCCAAGUUUCUUACUGCCACCACCUUCAUUCAGGUCCUUGUUCUACUAGUAAAACUUUAUGAACUGCUUUUUUCCUGGCUCAUUCCUCACACUCAGAAAUCUGAGUUUUUCUGCUAAACAAAACUUUCUUUUCUUUUCUUUUUUUAUUUAUUAUUAUUUCGAGAUGGAGUCUCUCUCUGUCACCCAGGCUGGAGUGCAGUGGCGCGAUCUUGGCUCACUGCAAGCUCUGCCUCCCAGGUUCAUGCCAUUCUCCUGCCUGAGCCUCCCGAGUAGCUGGGACUACAGGCACCCCCCCGCCACGCCCGGCUAACUUUUUGUAUUUUUUUAGUAGAGACAGGGUUUCACUGUGUUAGCCAGGAUGGUCUCGAUCUCCUGACCUCAUAAUCCGCCCGUCUCGGCCUCCAAAGUGCUGGGAUUACAGGCGUGAGCCCCACGCCUGGCCUUUUUUUUUUUUUUUUUUGAGACAGUCUUUCUUUGUUGCCCAGGCUGGAGUGCAGUGCUGUAAUCUUGGUUCACUGCAAUCUCUGUCUCCCGGGUUCAAGUGAUUCUCCUGUCUCAGCUUCCCGAGUAGCUGGGACUACAGGUGUGUGCCACCACACCCAGCUAAUUUUUGUAUUUUUAGUAGAGAUGGGGUUUCACCAUGUUGGCCAGGCUGGUCUUGAACUCCUGACUUCAGGUGAUCCACCCACCUCGGCCUCCCAAAGUGCUGGGAUUGCAGGUGUGAGCCACCACGCCCAGCCAAAACUUUCUUAAAUACCUCUUUCUUUAUGUCAAAUCAAAAACCUUCAAGGGCUUAAACUCAAUUUUACUCAGUUUUCCUCUUUCAAGACCCUUCAUAAUGCAGUCCCACCUAAAAGUCAAUUUAUUGUGCUCCAACACAGUUCUUCAUUUAAAAAAUUUAUUCAGCAUCAAUGGUUUCUAGAUCCUACUUUAACCAUUAAUCUUAACUAUUUAGUUAUGUUCACUAAUUGACACGUGCAUGUUAGCUAUGUCUCCUCAGCUAGACUGUAAAUUCCUUUAUGGCAAAGGUUCAUGCUUAAGCAUCUUUUACAGUGCCUGGCAUAGUCCUGAGAAAAACAUCCAGAAAAAUAUGUUGCUGCUUUGAUUUAUUAACAAGUAAUUUACUAGUGAAUGUCCUAAAAUAUGUAUUUUGCCUUUUGUUAAUCAACCAUUUUUCUCCCAGAGAAUAACAUAGUUCUAUAUAGAGAAAAGAGCUUGGGUUUUGAAUUCAGACAGAUUUUCUUUACAGCCCCACCUCUAUCCCUUACUAGCCAUAGACUUUGGGAAAUCUUUAAUGCCAUUGACUCCAGGCUCACUUGUCUAUAAAGUGGAGGUGGGGGAAUAAAAUUUCUCUUGUAGGGUUGCUGUGAGGAUUAUGUGAGAUUCAUGUUGUAGAGACAUCUAGCUCAAUGACAUAGUGAAUGCUCAGCAAAGUUACUCUUCUUUUAGACUUAUCCUGUGAUCAUGUCCGUUAUAGAUAGAUAGCACUAAGAAAUACAACAUCAAACAUUACAGACAUAUAAAUACUUAAAGACAAUUAUAGUAUUUCCGCUUGAAAAUUCAGCUCUAGUCAAAUGGAAUGCUUCUUGUCAAAUCAUACCUAAAACUUUACUAUCCAUUGUUGUUUGCCAAAGACAAAAGGUGCAAUUUCAUUAUAAAAUUUCAACAACUGCUAUAGAAAAUAAUUUUUUAAAUUAUAGUAAAAAAUUAUAAAUUUUCUACAAGGACCAUGCAUUACUAAAGACAGGUGAAUUUAUAAAUAAACUACCUUUUGUUGAAGUUCGAAGUAAAACUCACUUGUCCAGAAUAUUAUUUUUACUACUUAAUUGUCCUACCUUUGAUAAUUUUUUAAAAAUAUUAAUAUUAUGGUAAAAUUAUAUAUUGAGAAAUCUGUAAGCCUGAUAUCACUUAGAUUUUUUUUUUUUUUUGAGACAGAGUCUAACUCUGUCACCCAGGCUGGAGUGCAAUGGCACAAUCUUGGCUCACCGCAACCUCCACCUCCCGGGUUCAAGUGAUUUUCAUCCCUCAGCCUCCCAAGUAGCUGGGAUUACAGGACUGUGCCAUCAUGCCUGGCUAAUUUUUGUAUUUUUAGUAGACAGAGUUUUGCCAUGUUGGCCAGUGGUCUGGAUGGAAUUCCUGGCCUCAUGUGAUCUGUCCGCCAUGGCCUCCCAAAGUGUGGGGAUUACAGGUGUGAGCCACUGCAUGCAGCCUCACUUAGAUUAAUAUUUAAAGGUGUAUUUUAAACUGCUUUCAGGAACAAAAACACAUAAGAGAAUUAUAAAAUGUAUUCUGUUGGAAAGUAAAAUUUUAAUAGCUAUCUGUAUUGGAAAAAAAUAACCUUGAUCCCUACCUCAUACCAUAUACGAAUAAUUUGAGAUGGAUCUUAGGCCAAAAUGUGAAAGCUAAAACCUUAAUGCAUUUAGAAGAGAAUAAGGGAGAAUGUUUUCAGGACUUUGGGGUAGGCAUAGGUUUCUUGUAACCCAGAAAACACUAGCCAUAAAAGGAAACGUUGAUAAAUAGACUUUAUCAAAACUUAAAACUUGUCAGAAAAGACACCAUUGACACAUAGCUGACAGAGGGUAUAUUACUGCUCUAAACUAUAAGAAAAAACCCCAAAAAACUGACUAAAAAUGGGCAAAAGACUUGAAUAGAUGCUUCACACACAAAAAAUAAUUCAAAUGGCCAAAAGAAUAUGAAAAGGAACUAAACGGCAUUACUUAUUCAGGAAAGACAAGUUUAAGCCACAAUAUAUGCCAGUACAUACCCACCAGAAAGGUUAAUAUUAUAAGGACUAAAAACACCUUUUAGGAAAAAAAGGAAAACAGUUUGGCAGUUUCUAAUAAAGAUAAGUAUAUCUCUACCUUAAGACCCAGCCACUCUAUCUGUAGCCAUAUACUCAAGAGAAAAGAGCUCAUGUAUUUGCAUUAGAAGACUUGUAAAAGAAUGUUCAUAAAAACUUUAUUCUUAAUGCCAAAAACUGGAAACAACCCCAAUUUUCAUCAGUAAGAGAAUUUAUAAAUAAUGGGAAACUCAUACAAUGAAAUUACUACACAGCACUAAAACAGUUUGAACUGAUGUAACAAUAAAGAUGAUUAUUAACAACA